GCGAAACGGUUCUUGACUAACACUUACCCAAAAUCUUUGUCAGAACAAUUUCUCUAUUGCGAUUUAUGUACUCCAUAGUGACCAGCUCUAUCGACAGCCCUGGUAUAAAAGCAGCUUCACGAGGUCUCAUUUUCUUUACCCAAUCGACUCCUACAUGAUGUUUUCUCUUGUUCCAGCCGUUUUAUACUGCGUUCUGUCUGCUUUCGUUACUCUCCCAGCUGCUUCCCAGACAAAUGGCACCUCCCCUCUCGAUCCAUCUUUAUAUAAAGAUGUCAAUGUCACUAGAGGGUUUGUUUACCACUACUAUGCCUCCCCUCCUGAGGCAGGAAAGCCAGUUCUUCUGUUCCUUCAUGGAUUUCCAAGCUCCUCGUACGAUUGGCGAAACCAAAUAGGUUUUUUCCAGGAUCAAGGGUACGGACUCAUCGUUCCAGAUAUGCUGGGAUACGGUGGUACCGCUAAACCCGUCGACCCUCAUCUCUAUGCUUCGAGCUUGAUUACGGGUGAUAUGGUCGAUCUUUUGGAUGCAGAAGACGUCAACGAAGCUAUAGUCAUCGGUCAUGAUUGGGGUGCGAAGGUCGUUGCUCGUCUCGCUAACUACUUUCCCGAGCGUUUCUCUGCAUUCGGAUUCUUAUCCGUUGGGUAUUUUUCACCGUCUGUUUUGGAAAUCAGUUAUGCAGAGCUCAACAAUAUCACCAAGCAAGCGGUCGGUUACGAAAUCUACGGCUACUGGGACUUCUUCUCCGCGAACGGAACUGACCAGAUCAUUGAGGACAAUUUGGAUUCCUUUUUCGACAUUACAUUCACAGCUAACAAGGUUCUUUGGAUUACUGAUUUCGCGCCUCUGGGUGGACUCCAAGCUUGGCUCGAGUCGAACAGCACUACUGCAGCUGGAGACUUUAUUACUCCUGAAGACAGAGCUAUUCAAAUCGAUACAAUGCGCAGUGAAGGUAUGAGGGCGGCAUUGUGCUGGUAUGAGAUUUUGACUUCGACGAUUGAGAGGGAUGAUAAUCAAGGCAUUCCUCAAGAGAAUCUCACUAUCAAAAAACCAGUGUUCCUCGGGGCUGCCCUUGAGGAUUACGUUGCUAUUGCAGCCCUUGAAAUCAACUCGAUCAUACAGGCUAGCGAAAACGCGACAACUAUACAACAGUACGAUUCAGGACACUGGGUGAUGCUUGAAGCCAAAGAUCAAGUAAACUCGGAUCUGCUUGCGUGGAUUGAGAGUGUAUGAAAGAAUCUUCCAAAGCAGAACUUCUGCAUGGCAUGUCAUAUCGAUAUUAGUCUAUUUACAAACUAUGCGUGUACCUUUUGGACAACAAUGAAGGACACUAAGAACAAUCAGUGGGUUGGGUUAUCUAUCGAUGAAGGAAUUAACG